AUGGUUCUCGGAUGGCUCGGUGGCAAGGGCAAGGUGGCGCCUACCCAUAGCAGAAGCUUGACGGCGAUUGAUGAGCUUGCUCAAAUUCAAGAUGCCAUGAGCGCUGUCACCCACAUCAUGGCCGAUGACAUCGACAGCGCAAAGGAGCAUCUUCAAAAAGGGCACUCGCCAUUUCACCAGCUGGGAGUUGGUGUUUGCAUGUUCAUGCGAGCAACGUUGGGCUUCGAGCAAGAUGUUAUGCGUGAAGCCAACGACAUGCUUUACGCUGCAGAGAACGGCGCAUACGACAGCCAGCGACGAGUCGCCAAAGACGUAAACGCAUUCCGUUCGAGCAUCUACCCGCCAGGAACCGAAUAUGCGGUAUGCCAGGCGGAGGCACAGUUGAUGAGCGCUGUUGUCGGCGUGUUGAACGAAAGCUUGACCGAAGCCUUGAAAAGUUUCUAUAAGCUGCGGAAGGCGUACAUAACCUUGGAGUCAGUGAUGGAGGCGGAACGGACGUUUCUGCGUACAAAGAGUACAAGCAGUCUGAAUUCUUCGGCGACGUCUCGCGCAUCGUCGAAGCCAGCGUCAAUUCGAUCUACGGGGGGCAGCACCUUGAAGAAGCCGUUGUCGAAGACUGGCUCGCUUCGCAAGUCUGCCAAUUCGUCGACCACAAGUUUGAAGAAGACUGAAAUACCAGCCGUACCAGCGGAUGCGAAGAAGAAGACUGGCGAUAGCGAUGACGAUUUAGCUUUCGUCGACGCUGAGCAAGAGCGAGGUGCUCAGACUCCUCUGGAAUACACUGGCCAUCUCAACCUACCCGUUCAGGAGGGAUCGAUUGCUCUGGACAGCACGCAAAAAGAUGUGAACAUCAAUGCCAGCACCGCACCAGGUCUCCCUACUGGCAAUCCACAAGACACGUCUGUCCCUGAUGUAAUUGCCGAUUUCGAGAACUUGGUGUUGAAGGCCGACAAUGGGCAAGCCAGUGUAUCCGAGUUCACUGAUCACCCGAUAGACGAGUUUAUUAUCUCCGGAGCUAGCUUCUGCUUUGGUAUGUUGCUGGUCAUCUUAUCCAUGGUUCCACCAGCCUUCGCAUCUGUGCUCAAGGUCAUCGGCUUCAAGGGCGACAAAGAUCGUGGUCUGCGAAUGCUCUGGCAGGCGACGAAGUUCAACAACAUCCACGGUGCCAUGGCCGGUGUCGUUCUGAUGGGAUACUUCAACGGCUUCGUUGGCUUUUGCGACAUCAUUCCACAGACCGGCGAGGGUGCGUACCCUGAAAGGAGAUGCAAGGCGCUCAUGGCGGAGAUGAGGAGAAGAUAUCCUAAGAGUCAUCUGUGGCUGCUUGAGGAGGCUCGCAUGAUGUCGAGAGAAAAGCAGCUGGAAACUUCUGUCGAGUACUUGGAACACCUUGCCGUAUCGCCGUUCAAGCAGCUUGAGGCACUGAGCUGGUUCGAGCGAGCCCUGGAUCUCAUGUACUUGCAUGACUACACCAAGACCAGUACAGCUUUCCAGACCUGUAUCACGCUCAACAACUGGAGUCACGGACUGUACCAUUACAUCUGCGGAGCUUCCUAUGUUGAGCUAUACCGACGCGCCAAGGUCACAGAUCCGGAUGCUGCAAAGACCUACGCAAACAAGGCGAACGAGUUCUUCAAGCAGGUCAUUCCUAACAUUGGCAAGAAAAAGUUCAUGGGUCGCCAGCUACCCUUCGACACCUUUGUUCACCGCAAGAUCUCGAGGUGGGAGGCACGAGCAAAGGAGUGGAACUGCGACUUCAUAGACGCCAUCGGUGUUUCGCCCAUCGAAGAAAUGAUCUACUUCUGGAAUGGGUACAAGCGCAUGCGCCCAGAGCAUCUGCAGCACUCGCUUGAAAAUCUCGCGUGGAGCGAAUCGUCAGCAAACCCGCAUUGGGCGAAGGAAGACCUGAACGAGAAAGCCAUUCUUUCCACGCUCCGCGCCGUCACAUUGCGAUCUCUUGGUCAGACGGCCGAAGCCAAGGAGAUGUUGCAGAAGGAGGUCAUCAGUCAUGACGCCACUGCGUUUGCGGGUACUUUGAAGGACGACUGGAUGCCGCCAGUCGCGCGGUACGAGAUGGCGGCGUGCAUGUGGCAAGAGGCCGAUGCCGAUGGCAACCCGCAGGCACACCAGGAUGAGUUGAAUCAGUGCAAGACCUGGCUCGAGGCUGCAGGAAGCUGGGGCAGCUAUGCUCUAGAUGCAAGAAUCGGCAUGAAAAUCACAACAGGCAAGGGGACGUUGAGGAGAUACGGCAUCCAGAUUUGA